AUGCCUGUCAAGACGGUAUUGAGAAUUCGUAGCAAGCUGGGGGCCGAACGGCGCCGUGCUACGGUGCUACGUAACAGCUCGAGCGGAUGUCGAAGACACAAGCUAGUAAUACCACAAACUCGACUCCAUAGAGUCAGACUCAUGGUUGGAGCGAUGUAUACGCUUUUAGAACAAAAUCUCAGAAAAUAUACAAAAUUUGUCCUCCAUAAAGUUAAAAAUCUUUUUUAA